GGACGAUCAAAAGGCCUCUCUCUCUUCCUCUAUAACUAUAAGCAUCGGAUCAGAUCAGAUCGAAUUUGCUUCUUCAAAGACAUUAUUCAACAAAACACGAACUCCAAAAUCUUCAAAUUCACAGUUUAGUUUUCGAUCCUCGUCAUGAGUUUUCUUUUCGGAAAGCGAAAAACUCCCGCAGAACUUCUGCGGGAGAAUAAGAGGAUGCUGGACAAAUCUAUUAGAGAAAUUGAACGGGAGAGACAAGGUCUACAAGCACAGGAGAAGAAACUAAUUAUGGAGAUAAAGAAAAGUGCCAAGCAAGGGCAGAUGGGAGCUGUGAAGGUGAUGGCGAAAGAUCUUGUUAGAACGCGACAUCAGAUUGAAAAAUUCUAUAAGCUUAAAUCGCAACUACAGGGUGUAUCCCUCAGAAUUCAGACAUUGAAAUCAACACAAGCGAUGGGGGAGGCAAUGAAAGGUGUGACAAAGGCAAUGGGCCAGAUGAAUAGACAGAUGAACUUACCAUCAUUGCAGAAAAUUAUGCAAGAAUUUGAGAGGCAGAAUGAGAGAAUGGAAUUAACAACAGAAGUGAUGGGAGAUGCUAUUGAUGAUGCUUUGGAAGGGGAUGAGGAAGAGGAAGAAACAGAAGAACUAGUCAGUCAAGUUCUUGAUGAGAUUGGGAUUGACGUUAAUCAAGAGCUUGUUAAUGCACCAUCAUCUGCCGUUGCUGCACCGCCAACCAAGACUAAGGUUCCACAAGUGGAAACAGCUAGUACUGAUGACACUGGAAUAGAUAGCGAGUUACAGGCAAGGUUAGAUAAUUUAAGAAGAAUGUAAGUGAAGUAUUUUGUAUAAUAUAAACUUCAGAUCUGCUGUAUAAAAUGAAAGUCCAUUUGGCUGUAUGAUAUUUAUGAAAAUUGUGCCAGAAUAUAUCAACUCAUGGUUUGAAUCACAGUGGAGUUUUGAAUAAAAUCAUACUUAGUAAAUUUUAUA